AUGUCCUCUCGCUACUCUUCUAGCCAAUCACGAGGCGAAAGAAGCUACCACACUCAUGAAGUCCAGUACAUCGAGAGAGAGCCUUCAACGUCCUACCGUACUCGAGAAAUCCCUCAUACCCGUCCUCAACCAAUUAUGAGGCGUGAAAGCGACAGCUACAACUGGAAAGAGCCUAGCUACUAUGGGCCCGACUUUCAAAAUGUUGAGAAGGGGCUUUCAUCUUCAUUCUCCCUCCCCCGCCGCACACCGAAAGAGCCGAUACCAUACGUUAAACGUCCGGAUCCUUACCCUCCUCACGUACUGAAAGAAUACGAUUACUACAAAAUGAAAGAGAAAGAAAGUGAUGGGGCGUAUGCCGAGUUUAAAAAUACCAUGCCGAAGAAUGGUCGACCAAGAAUGCCUAAGAACCAAGAAGAUGUUUCGUAUCACCACACGAUCAUUGAUCAGGGAACCGAAGUUCGGAGAAUGGCCAACGAUGCUGCAAUGUCACGUUCUGGAUUUAUCCAGAAGUACCCCUACUCAUAUGCACAUUUCGACGACAAAAAUCACUGGAAAGCCGCUGAUAAUCGGAAGGCCAACGCAAGCAGAAUUGCAAGGUCAAUAGGGGUGGCUGAAAGCAACCUUGAAAUCUACGAUCAAAAGCAAAAAGGAAUAAGGCCAACAAAAGGUCUUAGCAAAGAGGAUUACAAAAGAAAACAGAAAGAAGAUAAAUAUGGACGUCACUAG